AUGAGCGCAGACUUGGACCGUCUCUCGGUGGGUUCGCGCGCCUCCAGCGCUUCUUCCUCCUCGCCUUCCUUGGACGGGGCGGGCAAGGGGGCCGCGGGACAGGCCGGGCUCAGGAGCGGGGGGCCCGGAUCCGGCAUCCGGCUGCUGUCGGCCAACGUGCGGAAGCUCCACGGGGCACUCAACCUGCUGCUGAGCGAAGGCGAGCGGGAGCAGUUCGUGCAUUGCCUUAACGUUUACCACUGUCGCCGGAAUGUCUACGACUUGGUGCAGACGCUCAAAGUCUUGCUGGACAGCCCAGAGAAGAGGCAGCUGCUGCCCAUGUUGCGCCUGGUCAUCCCUCGCUCGGACCAGCUUCUCUUCGACCAGUACACCUCGGAGGGGCUCUACUUAAAGGCGGACUUCUUGCCCAUCGCUGGGCCAGGGUACGAUGGGGCCGGGCCAGGAGAGGUCAGGCGGAUGACUCUCAAGAGGCAGAAGGCUCAGGAAGGGUUGGGUUUCAGCAUCCGAGGGGGCUCCGAGCACAACGUUGGCAUCUACGUCUCCCUGGUGGAGCCGGGCUCCUUGGCGGAUAAAGAAGGCCUUCGGGUGGGAGACCGGAUCUUGAAGGUCAACGACAAGCCGCUGGACAAGGUGACCCAUGCUGAAGCCGUCAAGGCCCUCAAGGGAUCCAAGAAGCUGAACCUGACUGUCCAUUCGGUGGGUCGCAUCCCUGGCGGCUACAGAACCAACCACAUCUACACCUGGGUGGACCCCCAAGGACGAAGCAUCUCUCCCCCGGUCGGCCUGAUCCAGCAUCAGAGCAGCUCCCUGGGCAAGGAGAGCGAGAAAAGAAGCCACCUCCAACUUCUGCAAGAAGGCGAUGAGAAAAAGGUUAACCUUGUUUUGGAUGAAGGACGAUCUCUGGGCCUCAUGAUUCGAGGCGGGUCUGAAUACGCCCUCGGGAUUUACAUCACGGGGGUGGACAAGGGUUCGGAAGCAGAAAACACUGGCUUGAAAGUUGGAGACCAGAUUCUGGAGGUCAACGGGCGAAGCUUCCUCAGCAUUUCCCACGACGAGGCCGUCAACCUCCUCAAGUCCUCCCGCCAUCUCAUCAUGACCGUCAAAGACGUGGGAAGGCUACCUCAUGCCCGGGCCACAGUGGAUGAGACCAAGUGGAUCACCAGCUCCCAGAUGGGAGAAACGAUGAUCAAUUCUGCAGGGGCCUCUGACGAUCCCAUAGGGGAGAUGACAACAAAGCCAUCCUUCUAUAAAGGUCUUACAGGAUCUCAAGUAACGUUGAGUAGCUUGGUGAACCAAAGCCGAGUGAUGCUGGAGGAACACGCACGCCACCUCCUGAAUGAACCCGAGAGGACCACCAUGGCUUACUACCUGGAUGAAUAUAAGGAGAAGAACAUCUCGAUUGAUUCCCUCAUCAUGGCUCUCUUUGAACUGCUCAACACCCAUGCCAAGUUCUCCCUCCUGUCGGAGGUCAGAGGGGUGAUAGCUCCACAAGACCUGGACCAUUUUGACAACUUGGUUCUUAAGAGGGAAAUAGAAUUUAUGAAGGCCCGGCAGCCUUCCGGGACAGGAACCGACUGUUACUCUACUACAACCUCUUACAGCGAUUCUGCCUCGUGUACCGAAAGCCAUUUUACAUCCACCACGGCUAGUUCAGCUCGGGAGAGACUCUUGUGGCUGAUUGAUUUGAUGGAGAAUUCUUCCGAUGGGGGGAGGAGUGAAAGCCAAAGCAGGAUCAACGCCUUACCUGACAUCUCCCUGGAUGAUGUCUCCUCUUUCUACGAAGAACUUCCAGCUUUUAGGGCCUCAUCUCCGGCUCCUUCCUCUCAGUCACGGCCAGAUCCUUCAGACCAAGUGCACAAACCCAGUUUGGGGUCGUCUGAAUCUUCCCAGUCGGGGCUGUUCUUCAUGGCCCCUCAAGGCCUCUCCGAGAAGGACACCCACAGCCUCGCCUCCAACUCCACGGAGGACUCGGCCUCCAGCUCCAUCUACGCGUCCAUCUCUCCAGCGACUCGUGUUUCGAGGAAGCCCCUGGAGGCCCGGCUGUUGACAGUCCACCAGCACCCCAUGCUACCUUUCCCUCGGAUCCAGUCACCCACCCGGUUGAAACAGCCUUCCCCGGAGGCUGCUGGCACAGCCCCAAGCUCCCCUACCCGCCCAGCGGCUUCCCCUCCCAGAGAGAAGCGGGGUUUUGAAGUGGGGAACACGCAGCACUUUAUCAUGGUUGAAGUUCAUCGGCCGAAUAGCGAACCGGAUGUGAAUGAAGUCAAGCCAUUGCCUCAUGCUAGAGCCUCCACGCUCUCCCAGCUCUCGGCCAGCGGGCAGACGCUGAGCGAAGACAGCGGCGUCGAUCUGGGGGAAGCGGAGCUGAGCACCAGCAGGGAGAGGACUCAGCGGCUGCAGGGCCUGCCUCCGGCACAAACACCCCAGGGAGUCCCCCGAGCGGGCAGAGCGGUAGAGGCAGGACCCAAACCGCCAGGCCUCCGGGAGCCAACUUCUCAUCUAGUCCGGGUGUUGAAGAGCGCCCCGACCUUGGGCAUAGCCAUCGAAGGGGGUGCGAACACGCGACAGCCCCUGCCCAGGAUCGUCACGAUCCAGAAGGGCGGCUCCGCUCACAACUGCGGCCAGUUGAAGGUCGGCCAGGUGAUCUUGGAAAUCAACGGCACGACCCUCUGCGACAAGGAGCACAGGGAAGCCGCUCGCAUCAUCGCCGAGGCUUUCAAGGCGAAGGAGAAGGACUACAUUGAUUUCCUCGUCACAGAAUUCAAUGUUGCACUUUAGGGGGUCUGCGAGACCCCCGAAGCCAAAAGACCAAGAGAUGGGGAGGAAAGAACGGGCUUGCGGGAUGUCUGAGGCAUCUCGUGGCGGGCACACCUGUUCACCCAGGUAGAGCCUACACAGGAUUUCCCGCUGAGGAAACGUGGUGUUGGGUUGACCUCUCCUCAACAUAUUGUCUCUCUGCUAAGUGCCCCCACUUCUAAAGGCUCCCAAAUAGACCUUGAGAAGCCUAUUGUCCUUCUUCCCAGCGACCAUCCUUGACGGAGAGGAGGGGGGGUGGUCAACCUAUUUUCCAAAGCACCUGAAGGCCAGACAAGGAAUAAUGGAUGGAAACUGAUC